AUGCUCUCGGGCCUGUCGAUGCCAGGCCACUUUUACAGCCCCUUUGACCAUUUUGGUGGUCCGUCGCUCCUAGACUGGAAUGGUGAUGGGUGGCUCGACAUUUUCGCCACCAACCACCACCCAGGCAACGCGAAGCUGUCAGCAGCGGAGAAGUGGGACCUCGCGCUCAAUACGGUGGGUGGACCUCUUGCACGGGAGGCGCUCGUCGACAUCAUACAGUACGUUCCCUUUGGAUCCACCGAGACGGACCCGGCCGCUUUCGACGCGCACGGCACCGUGCUGCUAGACUUGGAUCGAGACGGGGUCCUCGAUCUGUACGUGGCGCAGGGGACCCGGCAGGGCACCGACACCUCCUUCGAUUCGGCAAACGGGCUCUUCUGGGGUGAGCUACAUGCGUCCGCGUUGACGCCACGACUUUCAGGGGGGCGCCUCGCGGCCGUAAAUGCGGGGCUCGACUGCACAGGCUGUCGUUCGUACGGCGUCUACGUAGCUGACGUGAAUGGCGACGGAUUCCUUGACGUGCUCGUGCUCAACUUUGAGCGGGCGCAACCACCUAUCCUACCGAGCCGCCUCUUUCUCAACCGCGGGCCGACCCAGUCGCGCAGCUUCGAAGAGUCCGCAGUGGUGAGCGACCACGCCACGGCUGCUGUGCUGACCGACUUCGACCAGGACGGCUUUGCGACGGAGCUUGUGGUGCUGCGGACGCAGGGCAUCGCUGCGGGUGAGUCGCCCCUGCGCGUCUACAGAUGGAACAGCGUCGAAGCCUUGGAUGUGGCUGAUCUGACACCAUCCAGCGAGGCCGUGGGCUGGGGCUCGGUAACUGACCUCGGAUGGGAUGGCGGCGCGAUCGCGACGGGCGACUUCAACGGCGAUGGCAUCGUCGACCUCACAAUCCUCAACAACCGCCUUGGCCGGCUGUACUUCUACUACUCGUCGCGCGCUAGGGCUGCACCGCUCUUGUCGCAGCAGCAAAACACGUCGGGAGUCGCGGCGUUGGUGGAUCUGCGGGACCUCGGAUGCGACGCGUCCACUCUCCACGUGGCCGAUUUUGACCUCGAUGGCAACGUUGAGCUGCUGGUCAUCUGCAAGGAUGCCGGGACGAGCUUGAUGCUCCAGCGGGUGGGAGGGGAGUGGAUGACGAUGCGGCACCCCGAAAGCGCGCGACGGCGACUCUCUUUAGGGCAGGAUCUCAGAGAGGAGGGGCCGUUGGACGGCGUUUCCUUGCUCCGGCUUGGGCAAUUAAGCGGUGCCAGCGCGGACGCGGCGAUGGGCUCGCUCUCCGAACAGAGCACGCACCACAAUCGGUCCUUUGUCGAGUGGUGCUGCGCGGCGAAGGCGGCCUGUGCGACGAGCACUGGGAUGUGGCAGGGCUACGGCAUCAGUGCGCUGUGCCGCCGCCAGCGGGGGAGGGUCGACGGCGCGAGCGUCUUCGACUUUGACAACGACGGCUUCAUGGACGUCGCGUUGUGCUCCAAUAAGGAGCGGUGCCACCUCUUUAGGAACCAGCAUUUUUGGUGGGGGCGCAACUCGUACAUCGCCUUCACGCUGCGGGGCGUGACGAGCAACCACUACGGCAUCGGCGCGACGGUGCUCCUCACGUGGUCCGACGACUCUGGCACCGAGCGGGUGCAGCUCCGUGAGCUAAACGCGGUGUCGCACGGGCCCGGCUGCCACGGGUCCAAUGACCAUCGGCUGGUGUUUGGCCUCGGGCCGUCCGGCUCUCCGCUCAGGGUGGUGGUUCGCUGGCCGUCGCGCACGGUCGAUACGCACGAUGACGCGGCCCUCUUGCGCGCGCGGACGAACACGAUGGAGAGCGUGGGCGACGGGAGGCUGAUGCUCACCCUAGAGGAGGGGGCGUCCUAG